AGCCAGGACUCAAAGGCUGAAGGCUCCGGAUUUUGGGUCCCGGAAAACGAGACGCUUUAAUUCUCGACUCUUGGAAGGAAGGGGGGCGUGCGGUGCUGGGGGCCUGGCUCCCGGGCCCAGGCAGGAGGAGGCUGGGGACCGACGUUGUGCCCCUCUCCGCCCGCACAGAUCACGCCGCCAUGCCUCGCCCCGGGCCCCGCGCAGCCCUGCUCCUCCUGCCGCCGCUGCUGCUGCUCCGAGCCGUCCUGACCGUGCCCCUGGAGCGGGAGGCGCCCAAGGCGGAGAGCCCCGCGACCGAGAGCCCCGACACAGGCCUGUACUACCACCGGUACCUCCAGGAGGUCAUCAAUGUGCUGGAGACAGAUGGGCACUUCCGAGAGAAGCUGCAGGCUGCCAACGCUGAGGACAUCAAGAGUGGGAAGCUGAGCCGGGAGCUGGACUUCGUUAGCCACCAUGUCCGGACAAAGUUGGACGAGCUCAAGCGGCAGGAGGUGUCUCGGCUUCGAAUGCUGCUCAAGGCCAAGAUGGACGCAGAGCAGGAGCCCAAUGCACAGUUGGAUCACUUGAGUCUCCUGAAGCAGUUUGAACACCUGGAUCCUCAGAAUCAGCACACGUUCGAGGCCCGGGACCUGGAGCUGCUGAUCCAGACGGCCACGCGGGACCUUGCCCAGUACGACGCGGCCCAUCACGAGGAGUUCAAACGCUAUGAGAUGCUCAAGGAACACGAGAGACGCCGUUACCUGGAGUCACUAGGAGAGGAGCAGCGAAAGGAGGCAGAGAGGAAGCUGGAAGAGCAACAGCGACGGCACCGAGAGCACCCCAAAGUCAAUGUGCCUGGCAGCCAAGCCCAGUUGAAGGAGGUGUGGGAGGAGCUGGAUGGAUUGGACCCCAACAGGUUUAACCCCAAGACCUUCUUCAUACUGCAUGAUAUCAACAGUGAUGGGGUCCUGGAUGAGCAGGAGCUGGAGGCCCUCUUCACCAAGGAGCUGGAGAAGGUGUACGACCCAAAGAACGAGGAGGACGACAUGCGGGAGAUGGAGGAGGAGCGGCUGCGCAUGCGCGAGCACGUGAUGAAGAACGUGGACACCAACCAGGACCGCCUUGUGACCCUGGAGGAGUUCCUUGUAUCCACCCAGAGGAAGGAGUUUGGGGACACUGGGGAGGGCUGGGAGACCGUGGAGAUGCAUCCUGCCUACACAGAGGAGGAGCUGAGGCGGUUCGAGGAGGAGCUGGCCGCCCGGGAGGCCGAGCUGAACGCCAAGGCCCAGCGCCUCAGCCAGGAGACCGAGGCCCUGGGCCGCUCCCAGGGCCGCCUGGAGGCCCAGAAGAGAGAGCUGCAGCAGGCCGUUCUGCAAAUGGAACAGAGGAAACAGCAGCAGCAAGCCCACAAUGCCCCAGUCCCUGGCCCCGAGGGACAGCUCAAGUUCCAGCCCCACAACACAGAUGAUGCUCCUGUCCCAGCUCCAGCUGGUGACCAGAAGGAUGAGGCUGCUUCAGAAAAGAAGGUUCCUGACCAGUCCCCGGAGCUGCCCCAGCUGGAUUCCCAGCACCUGUGAUUCUCCAGGACCGUGGCCUCUGGGCUCCUACCAACGCAGCCGAUGGGAAGAUGGUGAAGUGUCACAAUCAACCUCCUCUGAGGACAACACAUGUGGCCUAGGGAAAGUGGGACAGGGAGACACUUCCCACAUUGCUACCCAGGCCUCCUACCUGCUACUUCAGCUUCCACAGUCUCCCAGUCUGUAGUCCCUUCUCUCUGCCCCCCUCCAGGGACCUGCCUUCUUGUGUUCAGCAGGACACUCACAGGGUCAGCUACCUUAGGGAAGCCUCCUUCCUCCUGAGGGGGUCCGCCGUGUCCCUGUCCUCCUAGACGGACUGGCCUCGCUGCCCCAGGUUGGGGCCACUCCAGCACCCUGCAUCCACAGCUACUGGAAUCCUGCCUGCUGCUCUGGGCUUCACAUCUGCUGGUUUAUGAGGCUUGGGUGGCCCCUUGAGACCUUUCUCUAUCUUUUGUGGGACCAGCAAUGCCUUGAAGACAGUGUCUACCCCAUGGCUGGGUCGGGGGCAGUAGAGUCUUCAGAAGAGCUGAUCAACUCUGAUACCAGGAGUCCUGACUCUCCCUGACCCCUGGCUUUCAUCCAUCUCAGCCUCAGCCUCCUCCCUGAUGGCUUGGCCCCUUGCCCCUUCCCCAGACAGCCACAGAAAGGUCCCAGAGCUGAUCCAGCCCCAGGAUCAGGUUCCAGCCCCUCAGCCUCAGUGGGAGGCUGAUGCCUUCCUUUCUGGCCUUAUCUACACUGUUGUGUGUCCUGCUGUAUACUACAGUUCCAUCUAAAUAUACUUCCUGGAACAAA